AAAGUUUAUUUAUUUUAUUCUGUGGUGGCCACUUGCGAAUGCGAAGUGAAAAAAAUGUAUUGUAUUUAUUUUUAAUAUUUUUUUAGAUUUUCAUUUAUACCUGCAUAAUUAUUAUUGUUAAGAAAUCUAAGGAAAAGCUGAGCGGUUAUUACUCUAUCACUCUUCAAACGAAGGAAGCAUUUCCGAGUAAACCCUGGAAAUGUCACACAAGCAAACUCCGUACUCUCCCAACUUUCCACCUAGUCAAGGAUAUGCACCUCCACCUGAUGAUCCAAAGUCAUCACCCUACCCACCAGCUCAAACUGGGUAUCCCGGACCACCACCCACUCAGAACCCAGUCCCAAUGCCGAUGCCCCAGUCCGUGCAAAUGCAACCUGGCUUUCAACCAGGCUUCCAGCCGGGAUUCCAACCAGGCUUUGCACCAGGAUAUCCUCAGCCAGGGCCCGGGUAUCCACAGCCUCAAGGAGCUGGUUAUCCACAACCAGGCCCGGGGUACCCGCAGCCGCAAGGCUACCCUCAGCCUCAGGGGUACCCUGCCCCGGUGGUCCAGCAGCCUGGAGCUCAGGGCCCACCAGGUGGUUGGAUGCCGGUCCCGCAGGCGCCGACCAACUGCCCGCCUGGCCUCGAGUACCUCACGAUGGUGGACAAGCUACUUGUGCAUCAGAAGGUAGAGCUCCUGGAAGCCUUCGUUGGAUUCGAAACAAACAACAAGUACACAAUCAAGAACAGCCUCGGCCAGAAAGUGUUUUAUGCCGUCGAAGACAACGACUGCUGCACGAGAAUGUGCUGCGGACCGAAUCGACCGUUCGACAUGAAAAUCAUGGAUAACUUCCAAAACGAGAUAAUCCACCUGUACCGGCCGCUGGCGUGCGACUCGUGCUUCUGCCCGUGCUGGCUGCAGAGCCUCGAGGUGUCCUCGCCGCCGGGCACGGUCAUCGGCUCCAUCCAGCAGCAGUGGUCUAUCUGCAAGCCGGAGUUCGUGAUCAAGGACGCCGCCGGCGACGUGGUGCUGAGGAUCAAGGGGCCGGUGUGCACGUUCUCCAUUUGUGGGGACAUCGAGUUUAAGGUGUACUCCAGAGACGGUGAGACGAAAGUGGGCAAGAUCUCGAAGCAGUGGUCGGGGCUGGCGCGCGAGAUGUUCACCGACUCCGACUACUUCGGCAUCUCGUUCCCGCUCGACCUGGACGUCAAGAUCAAGGCUGUGCUCAUCGGCGCCUGCUUCCUCAUUGACUUCAUGUUCUUUGAAAAAGCGGGAAAUAAAGAAUCAGACCGGCCUGGUAUGUUAUAAACACAAACUGAUUUAAGAAUCUUUUACUUUUUUACGCUUUAAACUUGUUCUCAUUUGACGCAAGGUAAUAAUAAUGAUAAUUAAUAUCUAUGUUUUAGACUGUAAGGUAUACCUUAUCUAUGUAUGUCUAUGUCAUAAAAAAUGUUAAUUAACAUAUAUUACAUUCAUAUAAAUAUAUAUUUACAUAAUAUCAGUUAUGCAUAAAAAAAAUGCAAAUCUAUUUUAAUAAUCUUAACGAAUACUUACGUUACUUUAUCGAAUCUCAGUAAAUUCUAAAAUGAAUAAUUACGUAAUUGGUAACUAAGCCACAGUCCAAAAAAAUUAAGUUGGCUUGACUAAUUAAUUUUUCUAUCUCUAAUAAACUGUGGCCAAAAAUCCUGUUGAAGAUGAAAAUAGAAAUCUAUGUAUUAAAAUCAUCCCGUUUAAAUAAAAUGUAUAAGUUUAGCUCUAAUAUAAGAUUUCAUAAAGUUUGGGUAUUCUUACAGUAAAUUCAGAGCAUCUAUUAUUUA